GUUUUGUCGUUUUCAUGUCAAAAUUUAUUAUAUAAUUUUAAAAACAGAAAAGUUCUUUAAAUAUAUUAAAUAAGUAAAAAUGGUUCUUACAGCAGCACAAUUAUCAAAAGUUUUACAGAACACCAAAGGCUUCGAAAGAGUUCUGAGUAAGAUCAAAGUCAUCUCUUUAGAAAAUGGGAAAUGCAAUGCCGAAUUGAAGGUCGAGGAUGAGCAUACGAACGCUUUAGGAACUCUCCACGGUGGUCUUUCCGCUACUUUAGUAGACGGUGUGUCAACUUAUGCAUUAAUGACCCACAAAUAUGGACAAGUGCCUAAUGUAUCUGUGAAUAUUAAUAUGGAGUAUAUUAAGGGUGCUAAAGUGGGCGAUGAAGUACAGAUUCUAGCUAAUACAAUUAGGGUAGGAAAAACCUUAGCCUUUUUAGAAGUAGCUAUUAAAGACAAAGCGACAGGAACAUUACUGGUUAAAGGAUCUCAUACCAAGUUUAUGAUGAACCCAAAGUAAUUAUUUUUUUAAAAAGCAUUUAUUUUUUACCAAGAUGAUAUUUUAAUACUAUAGUAGAAGAAAAAAAUAGUUUUAUGAUUUAAAUAAAUUUAUUUUUAAGUACAAA